AUGGAUCCAGAUCGCAUUGUGCAAAAGCUCCUAUUCUGCUCUCCUCUAACAUACAGUGGUCUGGAAGGGCUGCAACCAGAAACAAAGCCCCUAACAGGAGUUGUGUCUCAGGAACUCUCACUUUCAGACUCACUGCACAUAGCAGUUUUGGCUUCCAUACUUUCUUUUAUCAUUUACUGGGUCAUCAGAGACAGAUACAAAGUGAGAAACCUGAAUGGAAAGCAUGUAUUCGUAACAGGCUGUGACACUGGACUUGGAAACUCACUGGCUAAAUGGCUUGACAAAAAGGGAUUUUGUGUCAUUGCUGCAUGUGCCACAGAAAAAGGAAGCCAAGAGCUACAGUGCUGCUCUUCACUCUCACUGAAGACAGUGAAUCUGAACUUAGCAGACUUCAACAGCAUUGCCAGGGCUGUGGUGUUUGUGACUGAACAGACCGCUGGCAAGGGGCUUUUUGCCUUGGUGACAAAUGCUGAAGGAACUGCACCUGUAGGACCUACUGACUGGCUGAGGAUUGAAGACUUCCAUUCAGUCCUGGAUGUCAGCCUGCUGGGAUUGAUUGAAAUCACACUCAAGCUUCUGCCACUUCUGAAAAAAGCUGAGGGAAGAGUCAUCAAUCUAAUUAAUGCCAAAGGUCUCAUGGCUUUUAUAGGGGGUGGCUACAGUCUGUCCAAGUGGGGCAUGGAAGCUUUCUCUGACACCUUACGGAUAGAAAUGCGGCCUUUUGGAGUGAAAGUAAGCAUUGUUGAGCAUGGUUUCUUUAAGGCAGAAGAAGUUAAUUCAGAUAUCAUUGAGAAAUACCUCUUCAAACUUUGGAACAGACUGACUCCUGAGAUCAGGGACUCCUAUGGAGAAAAAUACUUAGUUGAAUAUAUAAAAGCCCAAAGAUCAUCAGUGAAAAGACUGUGUGACUAUGAUAUUUCUAAUGUCAUAAAAUGCAUGGAACAUGCCCUGAUAGCAAAGUACCCCAGGACACGAUACAGAGCUGGAUGGGAUGCAAAGUUCUUCUGGCUGUUUCUCUCCUAUGCCCCGAGCUGUCUAUCUGAUAUGCUGCUGCGUAUUACAUUUCCAGCUCCAGCAGAGAGCAGGAGACCAGUUCAUGGAGUUCUGAUGAAUGUCUAGUAGUAACACAGUAUCAGCAGUGCAGAAAUAAAUAUUUAUCCUACCAAAA